AUAAAUAAACGUUGUCCGAAAAAAGUCAUUAUCUUAGACUGAUAAUAAUCAAAUAAAGACAAAUUCAAAACUAAGACAUUUAUACAUGUUUACGAUGCGCUGGUUAGCAGUAGUUCUUGUUUGUCUCAAUGUCGGCGCAACAGUUGGUCAGUGCCCGGCAUACUGGACUUUGUUUGGAGAAAGAUGUAUAAACAUUACUUCAAAAGUCGGUUCCUGGGCGGAAGGCAUGAAAUAUUGUAAAUCAAUGGGUGGACAACUGAUAAACAUCGAUACAGCCGACCUCCAAACAUUUCUCUCCCCUAUUGUCUCGACGACGGCCCAAGCAAAGAACAUAACACUUCACACGCGUAACGAAUACAAGUACCAUUAUCUUCAUGACCUUGGAGUCGACGUUACCAAAACAUCGUCAGUCACCUUUGCAGUGAAGGCCUGCAACGAUGCCCACAUAGCUUUGUCAAAGACCAAAGGACUGGAUAGCAGCGACACGUACGAGAUCGUGAUUGGUGGUUGGUCAGAUUCGGAAUCGGUCAUCCGUGACUGUAAACAAUGUGCACACAUGGACGAGGUCCAUCAUAAAUCUCAUCCAUUGAGCUGUAGCCAGCCACAUCCUUUCUGGGUCAGCUGGGACAAUAAUUACAUUCGGGUCGGUAAGGGCAAUACCGUUGGAGAACAACAGUUUAUGGUCUGGAAUGAUACAGAUCCACAUCCGGUCAACUAUGUUGCCGUAUCAACAGGAUUUGGAUCUACAGGAGACUGGACAUUCUUUCGUGACACAUACAUGCCUGGGAAAUUCUGGGUAGGAGCCACUGACUUGGUCACAGAAAAUGAAUGGAUUUGGCUCCCAGCUCAAUCGCCAAUCUCCGAAUACACGAACUGGUUACCAGGGCAACCGGACAAUGCAAAUGGGAACCAACACUGCCUGGUUCUUGACGCAAACAGCGGCAUGAAAUGGCGAGAUGAUAACUGUGAAGAUGAUAGGAACUUUAUCUGCGAGAAACAAAUAGAUGACACGUCUGGCAUUAUUGGAUGAUCGCGUUAAACUGACAAUAAAGGUUAUAUACCAAUAAAAGAAAUUGCUCUUA